GAAGAAGGAGUUGGGUUGGGCCACAACUGGGCCUUAGUUGAUUGAGACGUGCAUAAUUUGGUGAACCAUAUGCACCACAUCAUCCGUGAACUGUCACCACAUCCACCGUCCGUUCUUCCAACUCUUUGAAUCAUCGCCUUCCAAUAAAAGUGAUAAUGGUGCACCAGUUCUAAGAAUAAAUUUCCUUUUUUUCAAAAAAAAAAAACCCCGCGCGGAAAGCUUACGUCAUCCACUGAGCCUCUCUCUCUCUCUCGAUCUCUCGAUCUCGACCUUAAAACCCUAGAAGCUCCAUAGAAGAAGCGAAGGGCCGAAAAUGGCGAAGAGGAGGAAGAGGUCGCGGGGAGGAGGAGCUAAGCGAACCCCCAACCCCAAGCGGAAACCCUCGCCCGAGAUCACGAAGCGGGAUCGGAAGCCCCCGGUUAGCAUCUACACCCCGCCGGGUCCUCGCGAGAAGCAACGGCCCCUCACGCCUCUCGACAUCGAGCAGGGUCCCGGAACCAAGUUGAAGGAGAUCCCGAAUGUGUCUAAGAAGCUGUCAAAGGCCAAAGUCGAUGAAAAUAUGCAAUUUCUACACCAACUUCUAUAUGGAAGAAAGAAGGUGCUCUUUAGAACUAUAUUGUUCUUGCGCCAAUGAACAUUUGAAGUUUUAAGGUGGUCGUUCUCAGGCUAAAAAUUCUUUGAAGAAGAACAUACUGGAGUUUUCUGGUUUUGUUUAGGGUGAACAUGACAAGGAUGACGGCGAGCGCAGCAUCUCUGAAGAGAGGAGUUCGGAUCCUGAAACAGAUGCGGAGAUCAGGAAAGUGUUCAAAACGAAGAUGAGGUAGAAGAGGGUGACGAUGAAGAAGCGGAACAAAGCGAGUCUGCUCAUGAGAGCGACGAGCCAAAAUAUGAAGAGGAACAAGAAGACGGAGGC